AUGUCUCAAUCACAGUCGCAACCCUCUUCUCAGCAAUCUUUCACCAUGAGUCAACCCCAGUCACAAUCCCAAUUUUCUCGGCAUCAACUGCCUGAUCACCCUAGGGGCAACCCGCGGGAGCAACCACGCAUUAUAUACUCGGCCGUAUAUUCCGGUGUCGAUGUUUACGAAAUGGAGGUCAAUAACGUGGCCGUUAUGCGCCGUCGCAAUGACAGUUGGCUUAAUGCGACACAAAUACUAAAGGUUGCCCGGAUAGAUAAGGGAAAACGUACCAAGAUCCUGGAAAAAGAGAUUCAGACGGGCGAACACGAAAAAGUUCAGGGGGGUUACGGAAAAUACCAAGGCACAUGGAUUUGCUUCGAGCGGGGCGUGGAAGUGUGCAAACAAUAUCAUGUUGAGGAGCUAUUACGUCCACUCCUAACCUACGAUAUGGGACAAGAUGGUGGCAUUGCCGGUCGUGGCGACCUAAACACCCCUACAAAAGAGCAGGCUAUGGCCGCUCAGAGGAAACGCAUGUACAGUGCUGGCAAUGAUGGGCGCUCGAACGGUCUGUCGGGUACUUUUUUCAAGAAUAUAUCAAGUACGGCGUCCAACGCGGUCGCUGCUAUCAGCAAGGCCCGGUUUGAUUCGCCUGGUCCGAGGAGUCGUAAUGGACCGGCCGGGCUGACGAGGCCGCCGAGCUUUAGUCGCCAGCCCUCAUCGCAGAAUGUGGACGAUUUCCCAGCCAACUCACAGCAGAGCUUUGCUUCCGACUACGGGCAAAGCAUGGACCCGGUAUACUCCACGCAACCUACGCAGAUAAUAACGGGAGAUGAACCACCACGUAAACGCCAGCGCAUUGCUACACCUUCCGAAAGCUUUGGAUAUGCUUCGCAAUCCAUGGAGAUGUACGCCAACGAUUAUCCAGGAUCACCCACAGAGCCAAACGAAUCAUUUGUAUACGUCCAGGCCGGCAUAAAUACUCAUGAUCCGGACGCAAAUUUUCUCCCUCCUUUACCUUUUGACCUCUCCCCAGAGGCUGAGCGCAAGCGUAGUUUACUCAUGAGCUUAUUCAUGGAUAAAGGGACAAAUGACGUAGACUACGUACCAAUGGAGGCUCUUCAGUCAUUAAGCGCUGUUGAUCUUGAUUCGCCUAUUGACGCCUCCAGCAACACUGCCUUACAUUGGGCCGCAACGUUAGCUCGCAUGCCACUACUACGCGCUCUGAUUUCAGCGGGUGCAAAUCCCUCCAGGGUAAACGCUUCUGGCGAAACAGCCUUGAUGCGAGCUUCGGCGGUCACCAACAACUCAGAACAAGUAUCAUUUCCUGAGCUGCUUGACGUCUUGGGCAACACCAUUGAUAUCCGAGACAAGCGGGGACGCACUGUCGUGCAUCACAUCGCCUUGUCCAGCGCCGUUAAAGGCCGUAGCCACUCUAGCAGAUACUAUCUGGAGAGCCUUCUUGAAUGGGUGGUGAGGCAUGGGAGUGCUCCUAGUAGUCAGACUACAGUAGCGAACGGUGCCGCGCCAAAAAUGAGCAUAGGCCGAUUCAUGAGCGAGAUUGUCAAUGCACAAGAUAAGUCAGGCGACACGGCCCUCGGUAUCGCCUCCCGCGUGGGCAAUAGAAGCAUUAUAUCACAGUUGCUCGAAGUUGGAGCAGAUCCAAGUAUUGCUAAUGCAGCCGGAUUACGACCAUCUGACUUUGGAGUAGGUAGUGAGGGUGUUGAUAACGGCACAAACGGCAUAAGUGGCACAAACGGAAUUAAUGGCUUAAAUGGCGAUGUAGCAGAUGGUAGCGUCACUAAAGCCGUUGGAAGCGGCAACAUGAGCCGCGAGAGCAGCGACGAUAUCAUUACUUCCAUCACGCAUCUCCUCAAUGAAACAUCGAAUGGUUUCCAAGCAGAAGUCAAAAAGAAACAAACGGAUCUCGACUCGCUGCACGCUACAUUACGGUCCACAUCUACACAACUCCACGAUGCUCGAAGAACCCUCGAGUCAUUACAGGCGGCGGCCAAAUCGCAAUCCUACACUCGGCAAAAGGUGUUCAACCUGACACGAGGCCGGGAGGAAGAACAGAAACGUCUUGCCAAGAUCGAGCAAAACCAAGGGCCACUCGACGAGAGCAGCCUAUCUUGGGAGGCUGGGCUCCAAUCCCUCCCCGAGCUCGGCAGUAACGGAGAACGGAGGGAUGAUGGGUCGAUACCUAGCGCCACGGUCCUGCGGGCUCGGAUACAGGCGCUCAAGAACCGCACCGAGCUGACGAGAACUGGCGUGGCGUCACUCAAGAGCCGUAGCAAAGACAUUGAAAUCAAGUACCGCAGGCUCGUGACCUUGUGCACGGGAACACCGGAGAAUGAAGUGGACACGGCCCUGGACAACCUCGUACGGGCCGUCGAGAGCGAAAAGGGCGAACUCGAUUUUGGCCGGGUCAGGAGAUUCCUCGGGGGCAUUGACACAAUGGCGUGA